AUGUUAAUUAUCUUCUUAUUCUAUUCCGUAAAUGUUGUGUUCAGCCAAGAUCCUGUCGCGAAUUUAAUACAAGGACGUGUUGUGGGUAUAAAAGUAUUUCAAGAAAGUUCUCUUACUCCUAUUGAAAUAUAUUUUGGAAUACCAUACGCCGCCCCACCGACUGGAAGACUUAGAUUCUCUCCACCAGAGCGACACAGCGGCUGGAAAAGAACUUAUUUUGCACAUCGCGUAGCACCAAGUUGUCCGCAGCAUAAUCAGACGGAAAACGAUUCGAGUGAAAAUUGUCUUUACUUGAAUAUUUGGACCAGUCGGCGGGUGGACGGACGGCCGCAGCCAGUUAUCGUUAUCCUCUAUAGUGAGUCUUGGACUGGUGGGGCUCUAAAUCUGCCAUGCCAGGAAUUGGCUUCGGAAGGCGUCGUAGUCGUUACCGUGUCGUACCGGCUCCACUUUCUAUCGUUCUUUACGUUGAAAUCUGCGAAAGCACGAGGCAACCUAGCUCUACUGGAUCAAUAUCUAGCAUUACUAUGGGUGCACGAAAACAUAUCUGCUUUUGGAGGAGACCCGUCAUCGGUCACGUUGUUGGGUCACUCAGCUGGUGCGGACAGUGUUUUACAUCACAUUAUAUCACCGCGAGCGACUGGUCUCUUUCAUAAGGCCAUAAUUAUGUCUCCUCAUAAUACCUGGCAAGGAAUCUCCGGGGACAAAACUGUCACAGCGGAUGAAAUCGCUAGAGUGUCGCGCGAGGUUGCUCAAUCUGUAGGAUGCUUAAAUUACACCUCUAGAGAUGAAGACGUUUUGUAUUGUAUGCAAAAUAAGCCGCUGAAAGAUUUUACAAUUUCCUUUACGAACAAAACUUUGGAAAAAUAUAUGCAACCGAUAUCUGACGAUUUCCUACCAGAAUCCAUACAAUAUUUACCACUUUCAAUUGUAAAAGUGUUAAAAAAUCCGACUAACUUUUAUGUCCCGAUAGAUAUUAUGCUGGGCACUACAGAUCUUGAUAGCGUGAAGCCCCUCGAUAGUCGCUUUAAAAGUCUUAUCACGAAGAGCUACAAACAAAUCUAUGAUUUUUCGCUAGAGAAAAUAAUCCCAGACAUAUUACAUGCCCUUUCAUUGAAUAAUCCUGAAACACUUCAGACCUUAGUAAAUGCCGUGGUCUGGGAAUACUGGGAUCCCGAAAGGGACGCGUUAACGAGUUACAAAGCUGUAACUUCUUUAGCUGCAAUGGAUACAGCAGUUAAUUCAGCCGUUGGAAGCUAUUAUCUUGCUGAAAAAUUGUCAAACCAUGUGUCGAAAACUUUCGUUUACCGAUAUUCUCAGCCAACUAAGGUUGAUCUUCAGGGUAAUCGCCUUAAUUUUACAGGUGAAUAG